GCGAAAGUAAGUUCUCACUUAUUCACUAUGGUUUGAAGAUUACAACCAUGGGUAGCAAUUCCUCGGCACAAGGAUCUCGGCAAUCCAAAUCUCAGAAGUCCGGUGAUCAGCGGGAACCUGACGAUGAAGAGGUAGACGUACCCGAAUUUCCGUCAGACGAGGAUUACCCCGUACCCAAACAGAACUCUCUGAAAAAGGAUGAUAUUUAUGAACACUGGAAGUAUAAAGAUGUACACCAGCACGUUAGAAAGGUUCCUUCUAAGAUUGACUUGUCCUUCCAGCAGCUUCUCGACUACCUCGUUCUGCCAUUCCGGACAGACAUGCAGAAGGUACGUGCACUAUUCAUGUGGCUCUGUGUUCAGCCAAUCACUACCACCAAAUACAAGAACUUGGACGGAUAUACUGUAGAGGAUCUCGUCAAGACACCUCGAGGGUUUAUGAAACUCAUCAAGGAGGGACGUGCAUCGUACGCCUCGCUUUUCGCCGUACUCUGCAGAAAAUCAGGAAUAAAAUGUGCUAUAAUAAAGGGAGUAUGCAAAAGUGCUGGGUACGAAGUGGGAACCUCAGAUACACUGUCCAACCUCAGAACCAAGUGGAACGUGGUAUGGGUCAAGGACAGCUGGAGGUUGAUUCAUCCACUGUGGGCGUGUCAGACGGUGAUUGGGAAGUCUGGAUUGGACAAGUGGACGGCCUACGAUGACGACGAGGAAAACACAGAGGGAUGGACAAUACAGAAAAUCAACGAGUUCUUUUUCCUUACCGAUCCACAUGAUUUCCUUUAUUUUUGUAUGCCUGACGACCCAAAGUGGCAACUACUAACUGUACCAUACGACCUUGACCGGUUCGUUCGCAUUCCCUUUUUUCAGGAAGCGUAUUUUCGAUUAGGUCUAAAGCUUCUCACAGAACAAAGUUGCAUCUUAUACGACAAGGAUGGGGUAGUUGAAAUAUCAUUCCGCGUGCCCGAGGACUACCCAACGCAAAUGAACUAUGAUCUGCUUUUCAAACGCGACGAAUCUGAUGUUGACCUUGACAAUAAAACGCCGCUAAACAAAUAUGUCCUCAUGAACUUUGAAGAUGAUGUUUGGACAUUCAUCGUUAGAUUUCCGGUUCCUGGUGUGUACAAACUGUCAAUAUUUGGUGGACAUGUCGAUCGUGAGAACGUUCCAUGGAUUGCGGAUUAUCGCCUCGUUUGUGAAAAUCCGCGAGAAAAUUGUGUUCCUUUUCCUGAUGCGCCAUGGAUCGGACUUGGAUACUCAUAUGAAGCUCAGAAAGCGGGAAUAAUGGACCCCUCUCACAAAUCAGGACUUAUCGUGAUGAAACCACACCAAGAAAUUCACAUGACGUUUAUGACAGAAACAUAUCUUUCCGUAAAAGUCAAGUUUUUACACAUACUUCUGAGUGAGAACGAACUAGCAGGGAGAUUUUACUACAAAAAAAAUGUCGGAAGGACUGACAUUAUGGGUAAAAUUCCUCAACAUGGCGACUACCUUAUCAAAAUCUAUGGUAAGCAAAAAGACGUCCCGGGAGAAAUGAACAACAUCUGCAAUUAUCUUAUCUGCACAGAGGAUCCAAGACCAACGACCAGAAAAAGGAAAGGCUGGGAGAAUGCCAGAGAGAAGAUACUGAGGAAGGGUAUUAAGGAUGCCACCACGGUGAAGGAUAUUGACCGCCUGAAGGAGACGAUUGAUAAGUUUGUGAAUGCUGGACUAGAGGACCGCGGGGACUACACCAAGGCCAGCACUAAACUUGAGUUUCUGGAAGUCAAGCAAACUUUAAUGAAUGCAAUCAACAGGAGGAAUGAUAAAUGUCUCGUCCAAGCAAUAUCGAUAGCGCGUAGCUCGGAAUAUAUGGACCGCUUGACGGCACUGAUCAAACAAGCAGAGGAAGUUCUGGCUGAGUUGCGUAAUCUACGCGGAUUCCAGCAUCCGAUCCCUGAUCUCAACAAACCUAUUAUAGCGGAACUGAUGAACUAUAAAAGUCCACCAGUUGUCGUCCACGAUGUCAUGAUUGCGACUUUUCUUAUGUUAGGGGAAAUAGAGGAAAAUCUUCAGUUUUGGGAGUAUAUUCAAAGCUUGAUGAGGAAAACGGGCAAAAAAAGUCUACUUCAGAGAUUCCAAAAGUUUAAUCUUGCUGAGGUGCCUGAAAAGGUACAAAUCAAAGUAAAAAACAUGUUCUUGAAAAUCACAGAGAACGAAGUGCGGAAGACGAGUGUUGGCGCGGCCUCCUUCUAUUGCUGGAUUCAGAAGGUGAUAAAGGAGCCUGAUCCGCCCGCCACACCAGAAGUGAACCUAAAACCAAAGAAAUGAACAGAGGAUUAACCAGAUUGUCUAUUCAUGUUUUAUUUUCACAUUUAUAUUUCCCCUGUGUUAUGUUUCACAUCCUCCCCACGUGACACAGUCAUUAUCAUUAUGCCUCAGUUAUUUUUAUAUGUAUAUAUUCAAAAUUGGACUAUUAUCCGUGUAAGAGCUUUUACCGACUUUUCAGAACUGGCGUUUGGGCGGGGUUUUGAAAUUUCUAAUAAGUGGCAUCGAAUGGCGUUUGUAAUGCGUCAGUCAUGCACAAGUUGCAAUCACUAAAACACGAACGUAAGUUUACACACACAAACACCUGGAGUUUAGAUCCCACACUUCCAUUUUAACAUACAAAUAAAAACUGGUAAGAAAUAUUUCCUGUAAUGUAUGGGAUUUGGUGGCAAUUGUAUCUAUUUUGCAAUUUCCAAUACCAGUAUGCGCUUUUAUUGUUACACAGUUGACAAGACCAGAAACAAAUUCAUGUAAACAAUUUGGGGGUCUCAUGAGCUCUGAAUUACAAACCUCCGGUUAACGGCAGACCAGGGCGACGUAAAUUAAUUUGGUCUUUUCAUUAAAGUCUUAAAAGAAGUGAUUUCAACAAACUGAUAUCGCAGUCCUGCAUUUCAUUCGCACGCACGAUGGCUUUCUAUGUACUCGCAAGCAGGUCGAGAAGAAUGGAACCGCCUCGGCCAGUGUCAAAUUUCCAGAAUAUAGAUAUUACGUCACGUUGCUUGUCAAGGUUUUAUAUUACUGGUAGGAAAAUCCCGAAAUCUUUAAUCUUUUGUAUACCGAAUUUUGAUGUACUUCUUACAUUAAGAUCUGGUUUCAUACUACGUGUAUUCAAAGAUACAUGUAGAAAUUCAAUGUCACAGAGGAAAAACGCGUAAACAAGAAAAAGUUAUACAAUAUAUUACUUUGGUAAUAUCCCCAUGCUGUAAGGGAAAGUCUCGCUUUGCAGAAGAUUUGUUCUUGAUGUGUCUCGUGAACAUCAUGCAUGAACAACUUCUUUGUAGAAAACACAAUGAUUUAUUCAUUAUCAAUAUCAUUAUUACGUCGCAAGACAUGCACUCGCACAUUGCAGUUAAUGUACAGAGUUAUGAAAUUGUCGAAAAUAAAUCAUUCUACACGAAA